UUUGUAAUCUUGAAAAAUCUUACGAAUCUGCACGUGCAUCGCGUGAGAGAGUUUUGUCUUGUAGUGACACGGCGAGACCCGAAGCAAGCUCCAGAGCCUAGAGGUGGAGAGUGGACGGCGCACGCAUUGGAAUAUUGGAUCAACAAAACAGGAUUCGCGUCAAAGCAGACCGGACCGCUAAUUAUUAUUAUUAUUUUUAGAAAAAAAAAAAAAAAAAAACAGCAACUACAACAACACUUCUCGUAUUCUUUCUUCCGGUCCCGAUCUCCGCUGCAACAUCAAACGACAAUGGCCGUUAAUCCAUCAAUUCACUGUACGCCUCCGCUGAGUCGCUCUAUAUCUCCUCGGUUGCCAGUCGCCUUCUGCAAUCGGGUCUCAUCACUACCCGCUUUCUUAACUGAAGCUCCGAUUCAGAGAAUCGUUUUGGUUCGCUCCCAAAUGCCUAGUUCGGAGGAUUUCGGUCACAUGAGAUCCGUGGCGGAGUCUGAUUCUCAUGUUGGGUCCUUAGGUGCGUCAGCUUCGUCCGCGAUUAAUUUCCUAACAUUGUGUAAUCGAUUGAAGACCACAAAACGGAAAGGAUGGAUCAACCACGGGAUAAAGGGCGCAGAAUCAAUUGCUGACCAUAUGUACCGCAUGGCUUUGAUGGCUCUCAUUGCUGGCGAUCUUCCUGGUGUAAACCGAGAAAGGUGUAUAAAGAUUGCAAUAGUGCAUGAUAUAGCAGAAGCUAUUGUCGGAGAUAUAACACCAUCUGAUGGUGUGCCUAAACAAGAAAAGAGCAGAAGGGAGCAAGCAGCUUUAAAUGAAAUGUGUGAAGUUCUUGGUGGAGGAAUAAGGGCUGAGGAGAUCCAAGAAUUAUGGGCAGAGUAUGAAAACAAUGCUUCCUUGGAGGCCAGGCUUGUGAAAGAUUUUGACAAAGUUGAGAUGAUUUUGCAAGCAUUAGAAUAUGAGCUGGAACAUGGGAAGGUGUUGGAUGAGUUUUUCCUUUCAACAGCAGGAAAAUUUCAGACUGAAAUAGGAAAGAGCUGGGCAGCUGAGAUCAUUUCAAGAAGAAACUCUAGGUUGGCCAGCAAGCGACAGUGAUCUUCUGUGUACACUCGCCACAUAUGUCUUAUAACAUUGGUCUGUGAUUUUGGAUGGAUUACCAAUUAGAUUCUAUGUGGAAGAAUCAAGGGGUAGAUUAUUGGCAAUUCAACAGCCAAAGGUUCAAAUUCCAGAUGCACACUAUAACCACUAACCAGUACUCUGCCCAGUGGUGCUAGCAUAGUGUCUUUCAAUGGUAAAUUUUUUCUUUGAAAAUUUUAAUAACAGGUGUUCUUCUGUGGUCUAUCAACCUCAAGGCAGCUAUGAUCACUUCACCUAGUUUGGACUUUCUUUUCAACAGUAACUAUGCCUAAUAUCUCUUAGUAACAAGUGUGGCAUUGGGAGCUACAUUUGUAGAUUAAUCCUCACUUCUCAAGAAAUUAGUUAACAUACUUCCUAUGCAACUGUGAUUGAUUUACGACUGUCAUGUGGAACUAUUUUCUUUUUUCAUAUUAAUUUCUAAAGGAGAAUUCUUUACAUCAAAA